AAAGCCGCUCAAGUAGCCGACGUGGCCUGACUGACGUCGCUUUCGUACGUUGCUGUUUCAGCGUACCGGGGCGAUUCAAACGAGACAAGGAGCCUCCGCUCAUUGCCAAGGGGAAGCUUCGGCUACAGAUGGUUUAUUAACAAUACUUAUUAACCGUUUGUAUUUGGAAGGUACAAUGUCUGGAAAAAGCAAAAACAGAAGCGCGGCAAAUGCGGACUCAAUAUCUGGUGGCGUAUCCUGCGACGAACGCAUUUUGCGGGAUUGUCAUCGAGUGUAUACGGAACCCGACAGUGGCUUGAUUGCGGUGGCUGAAUCUGUGGGUGUAAAGUUGCUGCCUCCCAGGAAGAAGAUCACUGUGAUGCUGAUGGGCAACCAUUCUGCUGGAAAAAGCUCCUUCAUCAACUGGUAUGUUGAAGAGCACAUCCAGCGUACUGGUGUCGCUAUCGAGACCCAGGGAUUCAGUUUUGUGACGAGCGGGCGCAAGAGAGAAUCCCUCACAGGAAAUGCGACUCUUCAUCUGUAUCCUCACUUCAAGCCUCUGCAAGAGUUCAAAGGGGUGUCGGAGUAUUUGAGCACAGAGAUCUGCACAUCACGGCAGAAACGUUUCAGCCUGGUGACUUUUGUGGAUUCACCCGGGUUGGUGGAUGGUGAUAUGAAGUAUCCCUUUGAUGUGGAUGAAGUUCUUCUUUGGCUAGGUGAGCUCUGUGACCUGAUACUGGUCUUUUUUGACCCAAUGGGUCAGGCUCUGUGCAAACGUACCCUCAAUAUCGUGGAGGCCUUGAAUGACAAACAUGGGGAUCGGCUGCGUUUCUAUCUCAGUAAGGCUGAUGAAGCUGGGGGAGAGUCUGACAGGCAGAGAGUAAUGAUGCAGAUUGUCCAAGAGCUCUGCAAGCGACCAGGACUCAACAAGUGUGGUUUUGACAUGCCCACCAUUUACGUUCCUAAUCCAAACAAGCCGAGCCGCUGCGUCAACCAGAUUGAAGAAGUGUGUCGCACAAUUGAGAAGACCAUCAAUCAGACAGUCCAGAAUACACUCAACUCUCUGGAGAAGGACUGUGAGGUCAUCAGUGAAGCAAUCACUGAUAAAAUGACCACCGACAGGCAGAUCAGUAUUCAGAACCGACGGGCUCGCUGCAAGAGUUGCUUUCUGACACUAUUGGGCUUCAGCCUCCCCAUGAUAAUUUUGGCCAUUCUGCUGCUGGGCACUUUGUCCAAGGAGGUCCUGGAGAUGGGUUUGGGCCGCCAAGGUGUUGAAUUACUCUCCCUUCAUCUGGUUCCUGUAGUACGAAUAUUUGAGUCGAUGUCUGGCGAGCAGCAGCUUUACGCCUGCGGUGGGAUGUUCGUUGCCUCCUUCCUCCUGCUCCUCAUUGCACGAUUUUCCUUUAGGACUCAACCAACUCUGUCAGGCAAGCAGAAAAGACAACUGCAGGAAAAGUUGGACUUUGUUCAGGAAGUGGCAAAGACCAAAAAGAAAAAGAUGUAUGAAGAGUAUCUGCGGCAGAGUGUCAGCGAUCAUGACAUGAACUAAAACUUCAAAUGGACACAACGUGGACCAAAAGAACAGAAAAGCACUGCCAGCACGACAGCAACAGCUUUUGAUGCUAAUUCCAUUUCAAUUAAACUUACAGAAAUGUACUUCAUAGACCUUUUUAGACAAUAUUACCUCUGUGGACAAAAUACUGUACCUGAGAAGAAUCAGGCCUCAUUAAACAGGCCGUACUUACUGUAGUUUUCACAAUA